AUGAUUCCGCGGUCGACUUGGUACACCCAUGCCGAGUUUCGCAAGGCCGAGCCUGUCCCUGUCAUGCAGACUGUCGCCGAGGCUCUUGCGGCUGGCUCCGGGCGAUCUAGGGUUCCUCUGGCAGGCUCGGAUAACUCUACUGCUGGUCCUUCCGGCCUUGGCGGUCCAUUGUCCUCAGAUGGCCCCUCCGUCUCAAGGGACCACACACCCAGGGGCGAUGUUGAUGAACUCAUGGGAGGAGAGGAUGCAGGGUUAGAUCAGCCGCCUGACAAUGAACUUGAUUUCAUGACUGUUGACGCAGACCACGAGGUCCAUCAAUCCGGGGCAUCGCCCUCCCCUGUACGCAGUAGAUCACCCGAACCGCCUAAUUCUAGCCCUCCCCCUCGCACCUAUCGAGUGACAGUCGAAGAAAUACCGGAUGAGGACGAUGAAGAGGGCGGCGAGGAUGAACAUGCUGCAGACCCCGGUAGCGACUACGACCGUGAGCAGCGUGAGCAAGGACCUCGCGUACCGUCUGAGCAACCUGCUGGUGGCAACGAGGGCCCCGCUAAUGAACCCGACGCUCCUGACGCUCCCGAUGUGCCUGCGCCCGAGCCAUUUGGCAGCACCUUCACGCCACAUCUCAAGGACCUGAAGCUCAGCCUCGAGUUUAUCUCGAUGCUCCAGGACGCCAAUCUCAAAGAUAGUGGCCUCGAUGCCGACGUCCUCCACCAGCUCCAAAACCCGCCUCAGUACCCCCUCGAUCUCUCAGACAAGGAUUUGCUCCAUUCCAUCGAUCUCUUCUUUGCGACUGUGAACGCCUCGGAGCAGACCUACGAGGAUGCGCGUGCCGCAGCCAUACGCCGUGAGCCAAAUCACAAAGUGCUAUCCUACGCGGCGGUGCGCCGCAAAAUCGCAGAGCUCAGCGGGAUCGUGCCGCAUAUCGAGCAUCAAUGUGAAGGCUCGUGCAUCGCCUACACAGGCCCGCUCAAGGACCUCCAGGAGUGUCCGCAUUGCAAGAAACCUCGCUACCGCCGGAAUGAGGCUGGCAAGGAGGUUGCGAGGGAGGAGUUCUUCACUAUGCUGCUGGGAUUCCAACUGAACGCUCUGCGCCGCUCGAAGGAGGGGGCUACUGCUACCCGCUAUCUCUGGCAGGCUACACAGCACGUUUUGACGGAGAUGGGUAUCUCUGACGGCGUCAUCAAGGUCUUCGAAGACAUCUGUCACUCGGAGGAGUACCUCGACGCUGUUCAGGAUGAGAAAAUCGGACCUCAUGACUCAGUCUUGAUGUUCUCUAUCGACGGCGCUCAGCUCUACGAGAAGAAGCAGUCUGAUUGCUGGAUAUACAUCUGGGUUCUCUUCACGCUCGAUCCGAAGCUGCGCUACAAGAAGGCACACGUUCUUCCUGGGGCGAUCAUUCGUGGACCCAACAAGCCCAAGAAUCUCGAGUCGUUCCUCUUUCCUGGGCUCUAUCACCUCGCUGCACUAAUGAAGGAUGGUCUUCCUUACUGGGACGCUGUCGACGAGGAGAUCUAUGUUGACCAUCCGUUCCUUGCUUGGGUCACCGCCGAUGGUCCAGCCAUGGCCUGCAUGAACGGUCUCGUUGGACACCACGGUGCUCGCGCUUGUCGUCUCUGGUGCCCCAUGCUUGGACGGCGCAAGGAAGGGGCUCCGCACUACUACCCCGUUCUCCUCAAACCCUAUGGCUACACCGUCGACGGGUGCGAUCACGGAGACGUACCAAAUCACGCCCUUCCACGAUCCGACGUCGAGGACUACCAGGACGCGCUGCGCAAGGUCUGCGAAUCACGAACCACAGCGGAGUACGAGCGGAACCGCAAGAAGUAUGGUAUCGUCAAACCAUCCAUCUUCAGCGGUCUUCCCCGCAUGUUCCCAGCGCCGCACUGCUUCCCCCUCGACAUCAUGCAUUUAGGCGCGCUCAACAUCCCCGACCUGUACAUCAGUCUGUGGCGCGGCACCAUGGAUGGCGAUCAUGAAGACAAGAAGGCGUGGGACUUCGCAAUCUUUGCUGGGAAGACUGACGGCGCGGCACGCUGGAAACGCCAUGGGGAAGAGAUCGCACUUUCGAAUCCAUUCCUGCCCGGAUCGUUUGACCGCCCUCCUCGUAACAUCGCUGAGAAAAUCAGCAGUGGCUACAAGGCUUGGGAAUUCCUGACGUACUUUUACAACCUCAGUCCGGUGUAUCUGCGCCACAUCUUGCCUCACACUUACUGGCAACAACACUGCAAGAGUGUCUCUGGGUUUCUCUUGGUUCAUGGCUGGACUGUGCGUUCAGACGACAUUCAAGUCGCUCAUGUGCUGCUCAACGAGUCGGCGCUCGAGUUCGAAGAGCUCUACUGUCAACGCCAGGCUAAUCGGCUUCAUUUUGUACGACCUUGCCUGCACACCUCUGGCCACGCAGCUGAGGAGAUUCCGCGCACGGGUCCUCUAUCCACCCUCUCCCAGUGGGGCAUGGAGCGUUCUAUCGGCGACCUUGGGGGGGAGAUCCGUCAGCCUUCUAAUGCCUACGCAAACCUGUCACAGCGUGCGGUCAUCCGUUGCCAAAUCAAUGCACUGAAGAUCAUGAAGCCCGACCUCUUCAAGUCCGACCUCAGCCCAAAUUACCACAGGCUUCCGCGUGGUGCCAUCAGCCUGGGUGCAGGAUAUGCCCUUCUGCGUGCGCGCGCUCGCACUGCCUACCGUCUUCCUGAAGAUGAGGCCUCCGCGUUUGCAACCUACCUGAAGGAUGCCGGCGAGCUAGAUGAAGAUGCCACCUUCACACAGAAGGUGCAGAAAUGGGCGCGGGUCCUCCUUCCCAACACGCAGAUUGCACGCUCCGCAUGGAAGGAAACACUCAAGCCACUCUCGAAGUUGCGCAUGUCUCGCAACGUUAAGUUCCGACUUGCAGAUGGCGGAUACGGCAUUGGAGAAGUUCAAUACUUCUGUCAACUAGACGUCGCCGACGACUUCCGCACGGUCGCUCUUGUGUCAGUCUACUCUCAGCCUGACCAAGCACUUCUCCGUGACUCGCAUGGCGCUGUGUACAUGACGAAGUACCACGGCCUCUCGCGCGAAGCUCUCCGCGUGAUCGACGUCGAUACAAUUGUCUCGGUCGUAGCGAUGAUUCCUGACGUACACAAGCCACGGACGGACGAAACACCGCAACUCAUCGUGGGCGACGAUUACUUUCUGGCAGAGCGGAUUGGUCUCGAUGUUAUGCGGGCGGGGAGGGACUCUCUCGAGGCUCUGGAAGCGGAAGAGAUAUGA